CCACAUGGCAGUCUCUGCUCUGCACCAACGGGACUCGCUGUUCUGACGGUGAGCUUUGCGUGUUGGAUAGCGAGCGCUGUGACGGCUACCUGGACUGUUCGGACCACAGCGACGAAGAAACUGCACCAGCUGGUGGAACGCAGGAGUGGACCAAUAUGGACACCCACAGCAAUAAAACCAGCUAUAAACUGACUGUGCUGAAACCAGACACCACCUACCAGGUGAAGGUUCUCACUCAGUGCUUAAACAAGCUGCACAAGACCAAUGAGGCCAUCACCAUCAGGACACCGGAGGGAUUUCCUGACCCGCCCAGAAAUCUCCAGCUAACUUGUGACAGUAAUGAGGAUGGUACAGUAAAGGUUUCCUGGAGCCCCCCUGACAACAGGCACGGUCUUAUCAGAGAGUACAUUCUAAAUGACAUUACACCUAAUUUUUCACUUCCUAUAGACCAGGGGUGCCCAAAACGUCGAUCGUGA